AAUUUAUCUCACAUCUGAAGGGGAUAUAUACGUUUUAUUAAAUCGGAUUCGGGAUCACUUUGUUCGCUAGCUUCGUACACCGUGCUGUUCAUUGAUUCUUAAAGUGGAGUGAAAACAUCGACGCAAUAAAAAGCAAAAUGGAACACGCUUGGCGAAAGGCUCUCAUCUUAAUGAUUUGCUGCCCCUUUUCCGUAAAUUCAAUACGGAAUAAGUGUGGAACAUGUGAACUGUUGAAUCGUGAGACUCCGGCUCACAUCAGGUGUCCCACGCUUGAGCAUUGUGGCCAAUGCAAAAUCGGGUUCAAGGCGGAUAUUUUGAGCGAUGGAAAAAUGACGGACACCUGCUUUGCGGUCCAUGAGCAGUCUUCCACACCGAAAUUGGAAAAUAGCAAAGGUUCUUCAGAAAAUUUACAAAUUCGUGCAAUUUUGAUCCUGACGUCCACACUCUUCGCUGGAUUUUGCGUGUGCGCAUCAAUUCUUCUCAUCAUUUUUCUUCGGAAAUACCGAAGGAAAAGGCGUUUGACUGCUGCGACGGAUGAAGAAUCAAUCGUGUCAAAAUCCUUGGUCGACAGCAGCGAAAUUCAAGGUCCAGAAUCCAUGGAUGUCAGCAAAGGACAACCGGUUGUUUGGGAGAAACGAUCACGACAUGCAUUGAACGGUCCCAUUGAAGAAAUUGUGAACCUUGUUGGUCCUAUUACGAAUCGAAGACCUAUCGGUGUUGUAGUCGACAUCCACGGAAGGAACGACGACCGCAGAGCCUUCACAAAUUCUGCCUGUCGAACACUUCAAUCAACCCUCGUU